UGUAACCCGACAGAGCUGCUCCGCAAAGAAGGAGAGAAGGAGAAACAGUGAACUGCGUUUUUAUUUAUGUUUUAUUGACUUUUAAUAGAAUCUGAAUCUGAGAGGAAUCCUCACAGCUGCUCGGCUGAUUCAGACUCUGAUCUCCGAGUGAAUCCAUGGCAGGUGUUUAAGAGCUCGUCCUCCACUCCGCCUGACUCCCAGGAGAAAGAAGAAGCUCACAUAAACCAGAUAGAACAUGUCUCUUUUGGGAGGAGUUUCGUCCUCCGUCGUCCUGUCUCCCAGGAGGGAGAAGGCGGCGCUGCAGACCAACCCGGCCGACGUCCCGGCACUGGAGCUCAAACUGGGAGCGCUGGUGGUCCUGCUGUCCAUCACGCUGCUGUUCGGCUUCGCUCCUCUCUGCAUCGUCCGGGGGGCCGGCCGCUGCAGCGUCAGCCCAGAGUCGAGGCGCAGGCUGCUGAGUUUGAUCAGCUGUUUUGCUGGAGGAGUUUUCUUGGCCACGUGCCUGCUGGACCUGCUGCCAGACUACCUGCAGGGCAUCAACGAGGCCUUCAGCAAUGCAGGAAUCACACUGCAGUUUCCUCUGCCUGAGUUCAUCAUGGCGAUGGGCUUCUUCCUGGUCCUGGUCCUGGAGCAGAUAGUCCUGGCCUUCAAGGAACAAUCGUCUUUACACCCGGAGGAGCGGCGGGCUCUGCUGGUGGACUCCAGUGUCCAGCAUCACUCCCAUCAACGCCGCCGGGGGUCAGAGGAGUCGGACGGUGGACACUUCCACGUGGACUUUGGCUCCCAGUCCGCCCUGCGUGCCUUCAUCCUGGUCUUCUCACUGUCUCUGCACUCGGUGUUUGAGGGUUUGGCGGUGGGGCUGCUGGAGGAAGGGAAGGAGGUGCUGGAGAUCUGCCUGGCCCUGAUGAUCCACAAAAGCAUCAUCUCCUUCAGUCUGGCCUUCAAACUGACCCAGGGCCGGCUGCGGCGCUCGGUGGUGGCCGGCUGCCUGCUGCUGUUUGCCAUCAUGUCCCCGCUGGGCAUCGGCCUCGGCAUCGCCCUCACCGAGACCAAGGCGUCCCCGCAGCACCAGCUGGCCCGCUCCACGCUGGAGGGGCUGGCAGUGGGAACCUUCAUCUACAUCACCUUCAUGGAAAUACUACCGCACGAGCUCAGCAACGGCAGGAACCGCAUCCCCAAGGUGGCCAUGUUGCUGGUGGGCUUCGCCGUGGUCACCGCCGUGCUCUUCAUCAAACUGUAACCGUGGUAACACAGCACUUAGCAAGAGGCCCUGAGGAGAGUUCACAUGUUGAAUGAAUCUAUAACAGCCAUCAGACGCUACACCUCAGUGCGUCUGGUUACAAACAUUCAGAAUAUGUAUGAAAGGAGUCUUUGUAGAUCUUUAUGAUGUUUUGGAAAAAAAUGGAAUCAUAUUAUAAAAACUUUAUUUGUUUUUAAACUAUCAGCACGUAGAUUGUGUUGGUGUUAAGGACGGGAAGCACGGUGGAAUCACAGUGAUCAACAGAUUCACUAGCAGGGUGAAGGAAAUCAGCGUGGAUUUUUGGCAUUUAGUUCAAUUUUGGUAAACUUUCAUCCGUGAAUUUGCGCCGGUCACCAAGAGUAAACCAUCUUAACAGUGCUGACCUGUGAAGAUACAGAGAGUCAAAAAUGGAAGUAAUCGUAGUUUAUUAGCUGUGUUGUACAAUUUCUUUUUUUUUUUUAACCUCCUCUGUCAGUAAAACUGCUCCACUAAAAGGUCUGCAGACUUUUAUUAGACAGGUAUCGAUGGUACAUAUUCAUAUAUUGCAUAAAAUGAUUGUGUUAUUGGUUAAGUGGUAAACGUAUUUGCAUUUAGUCAUUUUCUUGUUAGCAACAGAGCUAAGCUAACAUGUUUCCUAGGUGAUAAUUAG